CACUGUGCCAACUAGGACUAGGUCGACAAUACGCGUGCCCAGGAUGACCGGAGGGCUGCUUUGUGUGUCGCCUCUGCAGGCCGGUGAGUCGCGGUUAGAUGGAGAGCAACGUUCCGUGCAGCGGAAGGCUACCUCAACACCCAACACAGGGCCUCAUCCCUCAAGUUAAAAGCUGCGGCUGAUUGAGAUGGUUCUUUCCGGCCGCCAUCUUUAUCGGGCAUUGCAAGUGGAGGAUUUGCAGGCAGAAAACUGAGACCGAACCCCUCAUCACAAUCUGAAAGAAGCCAUCGAUUCACCUGGACUUGAAAUACCAUCAGUCUUUGAGUGGGGUACACAAGGAGAGGAAUUAUAGACAGGAAAAUCAAAGCAUUCGUCAUUUCAAAAUCUGACAGAUUUAAUCAAUUCAUCGGGAUCUGAAUAUCAUUAGCUUUGAAUGUGGAAGGUGAACAUUUCCAAGAACAGUAUGUCUGGAAAAGCACUGGAAAAAAAAACCCACCCGGGUGAGUGUGUUCUGGUGAAUUAACUGCGGGAAGAGCUUUAACCAGUUACGCAGACAGGAAACACGUUCUCAUCUAGAACCAACUCUGCACUGGAUUCAACUGAGAAUCUAACCUGGAGCCAGACGAGGACACCUGUGCCAUGGAGAAACCGUGGAAAUGUGGAGACUGUGGGAAAGGAUUCGAUUACCCGUCACAGCUGGAAAUUCAUCGUCGCACUCACACAGGAGAGAGACCGUUCAUCUGUUCCAAAUGUGAGAAGGGAUUCACACACUUAUCCAGUUUGCAGGCACACCAGAGAACUCACAGUGGGGAGAGACCAUUCACCUGCUCUGUCUGCGGGAAGCGAUUCACCCAGUCUUCUAACCUGCUGAGACACCAGCGGGUUCACACCGGGGAGAGGCCGUUUGCCUGUUCUGAGUGUGGAAAUGCAUUCACUCAGUUGUCCAACCUGCUGCAGCACCAGCGAGUUCACACAGACGAGAGACCUUUUAAAUGCCUAGACUGUGGGAAGUGCUAUAAAAGCUCCAGGGAGCUGUCAUGCCAUCAACGUGUUCACACCAAUGAGAGACCGUUCAGGUGCUCUCACUGUGGGUCUGGGUUCAGGCGAUCGUCUCAGCUCACUGAACACCAGCGAAUUCACACUGGGGAGAGGCCGUUCAGAUGUUCAGAGUGUGGGAAGAGAUUCACUCAGUCAUCCAAGCUCUGGAGACACCAGCGUAUUCACUCUGAUAUGAGAGCUUUUAAAUGCUGCGACUGCAAGGAGAGCUUUAAAAGCAGCAAUGACCUUCUGAAACACCAGCGCGUUCACACUGGUGAAAGGCUGUUCACAUGUUCGGAGUGCGGGAAGAGAUUCACUCGGUCGUUCACCCUGUUGAGACACCAGCGACUUCACGCUGGGGGGAAGCUGUUCAUCUGCUCCGAGUGCGGGAAGGACUCACUCGGGCACUCACCAUGUUGCAACAGCAGCGGGUUUGCUCAAGAGGAGAAGCUGUUCACCUGAUCCACGUGUGGGAAGGGAUUCGCUCAUUCUUUCCCCCCCCCCCCCCCUCCCGUUGCUGAGACACCAGCGGGUUCGUGUGAUUGCAGGGGUUGGAUUCCUUUUUUGUUUUGCUGCUGCCCAUCACGUCCAGGAGUGAACGUGGGGCUUAAUCCUAACAUGGAAGAAAUGCAUCCGGGCGCUCGUAGACAUAGAACACAACCUCCUUCACAACUGGAUUUUGAGUCGGCAAGAACAGUGGGGAGUGCUGCAAACGUGCUGUCAAACUAGCGACUGGGUCUGAAAGUAAAACAGCAGGUUUAAGUUGAUCUUCUAAUAGUGACUGUGGCUAUGGUCAUUUAUGGUCUGAGGAGUUAAAAUGCUUGCAUCAUAUUCCCUGAUUCUCCCAAAUGUAUGUAGGGCAAUAACAACAAUAGUUUUCAUUUAUAUGGAACCUGUCAGAUUGUAAAGCCUCUCAAGGUACUUUAGAGAUGAUCAAUAGCUUGCUUGAAGAGGUCAGUUUUAACAAGUAUUUUAGAGGAGUGGAGAGAACUUCUGAGAGGGAAUUGCAGAGCUUUGGGACUUGGUAGACGAAAGCAUGACGAACAAUAUAAUGGAGGUGUGGGAUAGGCAGAAUUGGAGGGAUGCGGGGGGAGCUUGGUGAGUCUUGAGGCCUGGAGGAGGUUCCCGAGACUGUCAGUGAGGUAGUGGCUGUAUCCCCAGAGCUUCAAGCACAGCACCGAAACAGGUCCUUGCAGUUCAUGAUCAGUGCUGUGAAGGAUAGGUCUGCUGCCUGAAACAGAAUGACAAAUACUGCACCCGUGGAUUUGCAACACAUCACCAAUUGGCACCAAGCUGGUCUGCAGCAGAGUGGGACAACAUGUGGCAUUAGUUUCAGGAAAGGGAUGAUGGAGAAAGGAGAACGGGGAAUUGGGAAGUCCAUUCAAAGCUCUCCAACUUCUCACAGUUUAACUGCAGCCCCGAGGCAGUAUCUGACCCGCUGCCUCAGUCUCUGGACAUGCCAGCCCGUCCCCUGCUAGUUAAAAUCUGCUUCUGCACAGGUUACAGAUGGGACAGUUUUUACCCGGACCCUCAGGGUGGUGAAAGCUGAAAGACAGCGACAGCUGAGAUCUGCGCAGAGGUAGCAGGAACUGCAGAUGCUGGAAAAUCUGAGGCAACAAGGUGUAGAGCUGGAUGAACACAGCAGGUCUAGCAGCAUCA